AGAGUAUCCAAUGCUGCCCGUCUGGUUGCCCCUACUGAUCUCGCGAGAUGAGAACCGAAGCACUUCCUGCGGAGCUGGGCGGAAGGGCUCGGCGGCGGUUGGGAGGGCUGGCUUCCAGGGCACCAUGCCUUCCGCAUUCUCCGUCAGCUACUUCCCCGUCAGCAUCCCUUCGGUGAUCAUGCAGACAGACUGGACCGAACCGUGGCUCCUGGGGCUGGUUGCCUUCCAUGUGCUCUGCCUGCUGCUCACCUGCUUCUCAGCCCAGAGGUACCAACUGCAGGUCGGUCUCUUCCUGAGCCUAGCGGCCUUAGUCUACUGCGCUGAGUACAUCAAUGAAGUGGCUGCCAUGAACUGGAGGUCCUUUUCCAAAUACCAGUACUUCGACUCCAGGGGGAUGUUCAUUUCCAUCGUAUUCUCGGGCCCACUGCUGCUCAACGCGGUGAUCAUCGUGGUUAUGUGGGUGCACAAGACGCUGAAUCUGAUGACUGAGCUGAAGAAGGUUCAAGAGAAAAGAAAAGAGAGGAGGAGGAGGAAGGAAGAGUGACCCCGGCAGGUGCCGCGGCUCCUGUACUGCUCCUCCUACUGCUGUGGUGGCUUUGGGUGCCAGAAUGGGCUUGGCCCCAUCUGUAAGCUGACUCUGGGUCACAGGUUUUUUGACUUUUGAUGCCUGCAGGGAGAGAAUGCACAUUGAAGUUGCUCCUGAAGCCUGAUGCUGAGCCCUCUCUGGUCCUGGUCCUUCUGAGUGGAUUCGGGUCCUUCUGAGCCCUGCACACCCUGCUUCUUGGGGCUGAUCUUGUCAUUUACGGAGCCAGUGCCUUUAUGGGGCCCCCAAGACCAAUGUAGGAAACUGCAGCUCCCUGUCCUAGUGGGUCUGGGUCUGCAGCAGGGCCUCAGCAGAGGACCUUUGCUUGUGCCUGGAGGAGCUUGCCUGCUGGGAGAGACCUGAGGGCGGUUUAAUGACUGGGUCCCUCGAGGCAAGGCCUCACACAAUUGUGAGCCAAAGCAUCUAUGCGGCUUUUAGGUUAAAAUUUUAAGAGAAAAGAGCUGUAAAAUCAGGACUGUGUAGAAGAGAAUGUGUUGACUGAGCCCUCUGAUUUUUCUAGAUGCAAAACUGUAAAUAUAGAAGCACUCAGUGUGUGCACUAUAUUUUAUUUUCACAAAAACAAACUACUUUUUAAACUUU